CCCCGGAGCCGCUUUGUCCCGGCUGACGGCGGCCGAGGUUGCGGGGAGGAGCGGGCGGGAGGCACGGAGCCGGGGACACACGGACCGCGAGACCGGAGGCGGGGCGCGCCGCGCACGGCCCCACGCCCAGGCCCGCGGGCACCGCGCCCGCCCCCACGCGCUCGCACCGGCGGGCAGGUGAGCAGGCAGCGCCGCGCCCGCAGUCACCGGCCCCGCGGACGCCGGAGCCGCCGCCUCAGCCCCUGCCGGCGCUUCGUGGACGCCCAGCAGGAAUGAGGGGAGAAUCUUACUUCAUUGGAAUGAGGAGCCUCGGGCAGCAGGGGCAUACCCCGGAAGAUGGAGAACUUUUCUUGCUCUGCUGCAUAGACAGGGACUGGGCUGUAACUCGGUGUUUCGCAGAGGAAGCCUUUCAAGCAAUCACUGACUUCAACGACCUCCCCAACUCACUGUUUGCGUGCAAUGUUCACCAGUCAGUGUUCGAAGGAGAAGAAAGCAAGGAAAAAUUUGAAGGUCUGUUUCGGACUUAUGAUGACUGUGUGACCUUCCAGCUAUUUAAGAGUUUCAGACGUGUCCGAAUAAACUUCAGCAAUCCCAAAUCUGCAGCCCGAGCCAGGAUAGAGCUUCAUGAAACCCAGUUCAGAGGGAAAAAAUUAAAACUCUACUUUGCACAGGUUCAGACUCCAGAGACAGACGGUGACAAGCUGCAUUUGGCUCCACCACAGCCUGCCAAACAAUUCCUCAUCUCACCCCCGGCGUCUCCUCCCGUGGGCUGGCAGCCCAUCAGUGAUGCCACGCCAGUCCUCAACUACGACCUCCUCUAUGCCGUGGCCAAACUAGGACCAGGAGAGAAGUAUGAGCUCCAUGCAGGGACUGAGUCCACCCCAAGUGUCGUCGUGCACGUGUGUGACAGUGACAUAGAGGAAGAAGAGGAUCCAAAGACUUCCCCAAAGCCAAAAAUCAUCCAAACCCGGCGUCCUGGCCUGCCACCCUCCGUGUCCAACUGAGCUCACCGCUCCGCCUCAACGAUAAUAUCUGUCUCCUCUUUAUCAUGCUUUUUUUUCCCCUCUGUUGUUUGUUUGUCGGAAAAAAAAAUAAUUGCCUUUCAAUCCCUGGGUGUUUGGUUGUUUGAGAUUCCUUCCUUGUAAUCAAGCCUCUCGGACAAAAGGGCUAGGAAAAGGUGAUAUGUUUCCUGAUCAUAUCAUACCCAUCAAGCAUAAUCCAUUAUUUAGAAGGUUCUAGAAAAAAAAAAAAAAGUAGUAUUUUCUUAUUAAAGAAUCAGCACAGCCUAUAUCUUCACUCUCUCUUGUUGAUCCAAGCCAGAGACAUCAGUAACAAAUAGCACCUGUGUUGUUUGUGAUCUGUUUCAGUCCCAGUCCUGACGUGUGUGCGUUGUUUCUUCCUGGCCACUUAAGUAGGACCAUAAGUAAACUUGACUUUGACUGCAUGAGAUAUCCCUAUCUGGUCUCACUCAGUCCUCUGCAUCCCGACAUUCCCAGGACAUGCAUGAUCACCAGCAUUUAUUUUCAUGAUUCGAGGAUAUACUAUAACUCACAGAUUGUCAGCAUCCAGCCAUGUCCUAUCUAGAUUAGAAAACUUACUAGCAUCCUCCAGCUCAAAAAGUCUGGGUAUAUCCACUAUUUUGAGUCAAUACUUCAUAGCUCUGUUAAAAUUCCCGGAGGCAGCACUGAGCUUGGCCCCAAAGAUAUUCCUCAGUAGAUUUUGAACACCACUUCCGUAUAGAACUUUCCCAGCCUCACUGGGGAGGCUUGUCCAGGGUGAUAGAGACCGAUUUCAGACAAACCUAUUUAUUAUAAAAGUUUCAUGGUGUCUGAAUGAUUGUUUUUUUCUCUUUGUAUAUUUGUACAAAUGUUUCAGCUGUGCUUUUAAAAUCUGGAUGUUUUUUAUUUAGUGACUGUUCAGCCAUUAGCUGCUUACAAACAUGAUACGUGCAUUGCUUAUGAAUGCAUUCAUAUACUAAUACAGAUAAUCUGAUAAUAUUACACUCUACUAUGGAUAAUGCUGAAUUUUGAAAGGGCACAACGCUUCUCAUGCCAAUAUAUAAAUGAUUAGCCAACAUCUUUGCUAUCGAGAACACUUGUUUUUAAAUAAAGGCAAGGCGCAAGUGUCCGUUGUAGACAAUUUGGAUGAAGCUAAAUGGCCAGAACGUAGCAGCCACUGAGCAUUUGAAAAAGGAAAGGAUAGUAGAUAAACGUAUACCAAUCCUACUCGUGCAAUGGCCAUGUUGCUCAAAAACAUUUGUUUUCGUCACAUGUGAUAUUUCUAUUUCUGUAGCCCGAAGUGCAUUACAGAAGAUACACCUAUAAAACCAUUACCUUCUGCUAUAUGUGCAAGGCCUCAUCUACUCCUGUACAUUUAACGAAUUACUUUAGAUGCAAACGCCAGUUACAAUGGAGAGGGGAAAUACUUUCAUUACCCAAGCCUCAGAGAAACACACAAGAACAAGAACAUAGCCAACUUAUGGAAGGAUUGUUGUGGUUUUUGACUAAGGUGUAUGUAAGUUUCAUCAGAAACUUAAAACAGACUGAUCACUCAGAAAUUAAAGUCCGUUCUACUGUGAAUAUAGCAAUAUAGUACUGAACACAGUACAGGUGAAACUGAGGACAGCAUUGCUUGUAAAACCCUGAGUUGCCAUACGAAAAAUGAAGGCUCCUUUCAAAAAUAAAAUCUGAGGAGUGUAUAAUAAGCAAAUGCUUUGGCUUUCCUUUGCUGUGGAGGUUUUUGGUUUUUCCUUAACAAAGCAAAGAUUAGACUUAGGAGUGGAGAAAUGCUGCCCUCUAGUGGAAGAAAUAUUUUCUGAGCUCCUGAGACUAACGGAGAGCUGCAGCAGUCGGCCAUUUUGUCCUGAAUCUCUCAGUCCUCUGUGGGUCAUUUGACUUUCUAAACUAUUCAGCAUUUUCAGAAUGCACGUUCUAAGGAGAUCUGGCUGAGAAAAAUAUUUGGAGAUAAUUUUUGACGUGUUUCAGAGCAGGUACCAUCAGUCAUUUCCAGCCGAAUGUAGUGAAAGUUAAAAUGACCAUUCUGUGUUCCACAAAAUAAAAACACAGUGGAGCGUAUGACCGAACUGGUUACUCUUGGUGACAUUUAUGGCAAAGUUUCGAUGUUAAUCUGUCUCAGGUCAAGUACUUCUUUCAUUAGGCUGGGUUUGGGGAGGGGGGAGGAGGAACUUUUCCCAGGAGAUCAGUAAGAAACUGGAAGGACUCCUGGAAGGGUUUCAGCAGAGCCUCCUGCACUGUGAAAGUCAGAAUUGCCUCAGCAUUUCCAUGACGCACAUUAUGCAAAUCUCUUUAUCACUAUUUUAAGUUUGAAAAGUUUAAAUAUGGAGGGGAAGGGGAGAUUUCCACCAACUGAAUCAUUUGUGCACGUGUAUAGCUCAAAAGAGCUUAGACUUCAAAUAUACCUGGUGAAUGACUCUU